UGGCUCCAUCACCCUGACCGGUGGAGGGGAAAGCAGUCUGUGAAGUGAUUUAGAAUAACUGGAUGGAGCUACCGGUGGCCAGCGACGGCGUCCGCCCGUCCUCAUGUAGGAAGCCGACACCAGCAAGGUUUGAGGAUUCUGGUUUCUACCAGCAUUAUGGUGAUAAAUCAGACGCUUUAACCGGCUACGAGACUCUGGACGCCCCGCCACACUAUGACUUCUACGCCAACACCGAGGUUUGGGGUCGACGGCGGCGAUUCAGACCGUCGCUGUACCAGCUGCACGCAAAGCCAGAGGAUGACUGCAGACCCCCUAUGUAUGAGGAGACCACUGCCGGACCUACCGAGUCCUCCGACGAUGAAGAGGAAACAACGGAGCCUCCUCCUGAACCGACCCGGUUCGGCUGGGUUCAGGGAGUCAUGAUCCGCUGCAUGCUGAACAUCUGGGGAGUGAUUCUGUACCUGAGGCUGCCAUGGAUCACAGCUCAGGCUGGAGUCGGUCUGACCUGGGUCAUCAUCCUCCUGUCCUCCUGUAUAACUGGGAUCACUGGUUUGUCCACAUCAGCCAUCGCCACCAAUGGCAAAGUCAAAGGAGGAGGAACCUACUUCCUGAUCAGUCGGAGUCUCGGCCCGGAGCUCGGUGGCUCCAUUGGUCUGAUCUUCGCCUUUGCCAACGCUGUUGCCGUGGCGAUGCACACUGUGGGAUUCGCCGAGACGGUGACAGACCUCAUGAGUGAACAUGGAGCCGUCAUGGUGGACAGAAUCAACAACAUCCGCAUCAUCGGCAUCGUCACGGUUACAUGUCUGCUGGGGAUCUCCAUGGCGGGGAUGGCCUGGGAGUCAAAGGCCCAGAUCCUGUUCUUCCUCGUCAUCAUGGUAUCAUUUGUUAAUUACAUAGUUGGAACCAUCAUCCCUGCUUCACCGGAGAAACAGUCCAAAGGGUUCUUCAGCUACAGAGCUGAUAUCUUUGCUGCCAACUUUGUUCCCGACUGGAGAGGACCUGAGGGCAGCUUCUUCGGGAUGUUCUCCAUCUUCUUCCCCUCGGCCACCGGCAUCCUGGCAGGAGCCAACAUCUCCGGAGACCUGAAGAAUCCCACGGUGGCGAUCCCCAGAGGAACCCUCAUGGCCAUUUUCUGGACCACGGUUUCCUACCUCAUCAUCUCAGCCACCAUUGGAGCCUGUGUGGUCAGGGAUGCGUCCGGUUUAUUAAAUGAUUCUCUGACUUCAUCGUCUGCUGACUGCGUUGGUUUAUCCUGUAACUACAGCUGGGACUUUACUGAGUGUAUAAAUAAUAAAAGCUGCUUGUAUGGAAUCAGUAACUACUACCAGAUGAUGAGUUUGGUUUCUGGAUUCGCUCCUUUAAUAACCGCUGGGAUCUUUGGAGCGACUCUGUCCUCAGCGUUGGCCUGUCUGGUGUCAGCACCCAAAGUCUUCCAGUGUCUGUGUCAGGACAAACUCUACCCUCUGAUCGGAUUCUUCGGUAAAGGCUACGGUAAAAACCAGGAACCAAUCAGAGGCUACCUGCUCGCUUAUAUCAUCGCCGUCUGCUUCAUUCUGAUUGCCGAGCUGAACACCAUCGCUCCCAUCAUCUCCAACUUCUUCCUCUGCUCGUAUUCUCUGAUCAACUUCAGCUGCUUCCACGCCUCCGUCACCAACUCACCAGGGUGGCGUCCCAGCUUCAGGUUCUACAGCCGCUGGCUCUCUCUGCUCGGGGCCGUCUGCUGUGUCGUCAUCAUGUUCCUGCUGACCUGGUGGGCGGCGCUCAUCGCUGUUGGAGUGGUGGUCUUCCUGCUGGGAUACACGCUGUACAAGAAGCCAGAUGUGAACUGGGGCUCGUCGGUCCAGGCCGGCUCCUACAGCUUCGCCCUGAACCAGUGUGUCGGCCUCAACAGCGUGGAGGAUCACGUCAAGAACUACAGGCCUCAGUGUCUGGUUCUGACUGGACCUCCCAGCCGUCGUCCUGCUCUCGUCGACCUCGUCAGCUGUUUGACCAAAAGUCUGAGCCUCAUGAUGUGUGGAAACGUCGUCACUGCGUCUUCGUGUCUGUCGGAGCUGCAGGAAGCUAACAGCAGCCGCCACGUCUCCUGGUUGAACCAGAGGAAGGUCAGAGCUUUCUACAGAGGAGUCGUAGCUGCAGAUCUGAGAUCAGGAGUCAACGUUCUGCUGCAGGGCUCAGGUUUGGGUCGUAUGAAGCCCAACGUUGUGCUGAUGGGUUUUAAGAGCGACUGGUCCAGAUCCUCACCUGAAGCUGCUCACAGCUACAUCGGAAUCCUGCACGACGCGUUUGACCUGCAGUUUGGUGUUUGUGUCCUCAGAAUGAGAGAAGGAUUCGAUGUUUCUCCUCCACGUCGAUCACACGUGAAUCCAGGUUUUGAUGGUUUCCUUGGAGGUCCAGAGAACAUCUCAGCUCCGUCCUGCAUCCAGACCAGCGCCACCUCUUCUGUCUGCAUCGGACCAGAACCUCAACUGGACUCAGCGUUCCAGAAGAAACAGGGAAAGAAAACCAUCGAUGUCUACUGGCUGUCUGACGAUGGAGGUCUGACCCUGCUGCUGCCCUACCUGCUGACCAGAAGGAGGCGCUGGUCCAGCUGUAAAGUCCGAGUGUUUGUUGGAGGAGACCCGGACAGGAAGGAGGAGCAGAGACAGGAAGUUCUGGCUCUGAUCAAGAAGUUCCGUCUGGGUUUCCACGAUGUGGAAGUUCUUCCAGAUGUCUAUCAGAACCCUCAGCCUGAGAGUGUCCGGCGGUUCCAGGACCUCAUCGGACCCUUCAGUGUGGAUCCGGACCCCAAACAGGAUCCUGGUUCUGGGCUGGGGAGGCAGCAGGAGGAACCCUGGAGGAUCAGCCAGCAGGAUGUGGAGAGGAACCAGGCCAAGACUCUCCGACAGAUCCGACUCAACGAGGUUCUGAAGGAUUAUUCCAGGGACGCCGCUCUGAUCGUCAUCACCAUGCCGGUGGGGAGGACAGGUGUGUGUCCCAGCAUGCUCUACCUGGCCUGGCUCGACUUCCUGUCACGUGACCUGAGGCCUCCCGUCCUAUUGGUCCGAGGAAACCAGGAGAACGUUCUCACCUUCUACUGCCAAUGAAACUAAAUGGCCUCCAGAGCUGCAACACUUUCAGAAACAAGAGACGUUUAACUUUUAACGGCUCUAAAGUUCAUCCAGUCACAUCAAUGGAUAGAAACUAGCAGCAGGAAUUAAUGAUUUAUUGAUCUAAAGACACAGUUUGAACAUCAGGAAACACUUUGAUCAACAGAAUCGCAUCUUUUACAUGGAUCAGUCCAGAACUGGAGGACGUUUUACAUCCCAUAAUCCACAUAUUAAACCCUAAAGCAUCAGUAGUUGUGUAAAGGUUCUGGUCCUGAGACUAAAUCUAAAAAAACUAGGAGAAAAGAAUGUUUAAAAUAUUUAAAAUACCAAAAAGUCUGGAGUUGCCCUAAAAUGUUAUUUUUCUCUUGUCCACCCCCCGAUGACCAAACUGGACAGUUUAUGGUGAAUUUAACUAAAUUUAUGGUUAAUUUGAUCAAAUUUAUGGUUAAUUUAUCAAAAAUUACGGUUCAUUUUACCAAAUUCAUGCUUAAUUUUGCUAAAUUUAUGGUUAAUUUGACUAAAUUUAUGGUUAAUUUUAGUAAAUUUAUGAUUAAUUUACUUAAAUUUAUGCAUAAUUUUUCUAAAUUUAUGGAUAAUUUUUCUAAAUCUAUGGUCAAUUUGACAAAAUUUAUGGUUAAUUUGACUAAAUUCAUGUUUAACUUUAGUAAAUUUAUGGUUAAUUUUAGUAAAUAUGGUUAAUUUACUUAAAUUUAUGUGUAAUUUUUCUAUAUUUUAUGGAUAAUUUUUCUAAAUCUAUGGUCAAUUCGACAACAUUUAUGAUUAAAUAAAUUCAUGUCUAAUUUUGCUAAAUUUAUGGUUAAUUUUAGUAAAUUUAUGGUUAAUUUUGUUAAAUUUAUGGAUAAUUUUACUAAAUUAGUAUCUGUUUUCACUAAUAAUGUAGAAUCUGAAUGAUUUAUAGUUUUCUCAACAAAAACUAAAAUUAUUCUCUCUAGAUUUUAUAAAUGUUAAAAAGAUUUUUUUCUAUUUUUUAUGACAUAAAUUCAGACAAUGAUAAUUAAUAAAGAACGCUGAAAUGACGAUCCAGGUUUAUUUCAACCUGAAUUAUUUGUGUCUCUGUGUCGAACUGUAACAUUCAGGCUGAACAAUGUCCAAAAAACAAGUCAAACUGCAUAAAAUUUAGGCAGGAAUUGAGAUUUAAUUCACAGUUUUAGUGGAAAUGAUCAUUUUUUGCAAUUUUUUCCAACAAAACAAAUAAAAAAAGAUGAUGCGACGACUGAAUUCUGACUUUUAGCAUCUCUGCAGCGCCACACUGAUUCAUUAUAAAAUCUACAUUUUUAGUAAAUGCUGAUUCUGACCAAUGAAAUAUAAUUAAAUGUAUUUAACUCCAUCAGCUCUUCUUCUGUUAAUUGUAUGAAUCAUUUGUAUUUAAAAAAAAUGCAGAAUAAACAUGAAGCUGAUUAUAUUUUCUGUAUUUUUCUUUAUAAUAACUUUGUGACCAAUUCUGUCUCACUAGAAAAUUGUUCUCUGUAUGAAAAAUAAAUCAAAA